GCGGGGCUCCCGGGGCAGAAGGGGAGCGCUCGGGGCGGCGGCGGGAGGGGGGUACGGAGCGAUGCAGGCGGACAACCCCGACGUGCUCCUGGAUCUGGAAGAGGAGGGGGAGGGGGACGAAGAGGUGGACGAAGAGGUGGACGAGGAGGAUGGGGAGAGCGUCUUGGAAUUGAACCAAGUGAUUAUUCCCACUUACGGAACUGUGCCAGAUCAGCAAAACCUUCAUACUCCAGAAUGGGCUGAUUUUGAUAAUAAGCCUGACUCCUUGUUCUUCAGCGAUGGGCAGCGAAGAAUUGACUUUGUUUUGGUGUAUGAAGAUGAAACAAAAAUGACUCAUAAGAGGAGUAAUCAUAAAAAGCAAAAGAGGAAGAGACAAGUAUAUGAGUCGAACCUGAUAAACAACGGCCUACAACUUGAAGCAACACGAUCGGUUUUGGAUGAGAAAACUAUUUUUGUGAAAGUGCAUGCACCUUGGGAAGUGCUAUGCACAUAUGCUGAGGUCAUGCACAUCAAAUUGCCUCUGCAGCCCAAUGAUCUGAAAACUCGGGAGUCAGCUUUCAACUGGUUUACCAGACUCUUCAGGGUGAAUGAAAAUAUCAUCAAACCCGAGCAAGAGUUUUUCACUGCUCCUUUUAAAAGGGAACAUUUAUCCAACUUUUAUAUUCAGGACAAAGACACAUUUUUCAAUCCAGCGACAAGAAGCCGAAUUGUUCAUUUUAUCCUGUCCCGUGUGAAAUACGCAACCAAGAAUGUAAAGAAGUUUGGCAUUAACAAGUUACUGGACACUGGAAUCUACAAAGCAGCAUUUCCCCUUCAUGACUCUAGUUUUAGGCACCUGUCAACUGAUCCUGAGUGCCCAAGUGAACGUUAUCUUCUCUACAGAGAAUGGGCUCAUCCGAAAAACAUUUUGAAACUGCAACCCCUGGAUUUCAUCAGGAAAUACUACGGAGAGAAAAUUGGAAUCUAUUUUGCGUGGCUGGGCUUUUAUACUAAUAUGCUGAUUGUGGCUGCAGUUGUUGGAGUUGGUUGCUUUCUGUAUGGAUUCUUCAUGAAGGAUAACUGCACUUGGAGCCAAGAAGUAUGUGAUCCCAGCAUAGGAGGUAAUAUCAUAAUGUGCCCUCAGUGUGAUAAAGUAUGUACCUACUGGAACCUCAACAUCACUUGUGAAUCAUCCAAGAAACUCUGUAUAUUUGAUAGCUUUGGAACACUGGUGUUUGCAGUGUUUAUGGGAAUAUGGGUUACACUGUUUUUGGAGUUUUGGAAGAGAAGGCAGGCUGAGCUGGAGUACGAAUGGGACACAGUGGAGUACUUAGAGCAAGAAGAACAAAUUCGCCCAGAGUAUGAAGCUCAGUGCACUCACGUGGUAGUGAAUGAAAUCACACAGCAAGAAGAACACGUGCCAUACACUGCCUGUGGGAAAUGCAUGCGGAUAACUUUAUGUACAAGUGCGGUCUUAUUCUGGAUUCUUUUGAUUAUUGCUUCAGUUAUUGGAAUCAUUGUCUACAGACUCUCGGUUUUCCUGGUGUUUUCUGCCACAUUGCCACGGCACGUUAAUGGCACGCAAGCAAUCCGCAAGUACCUGACUCCACAGACAGCCACCUCAGUAACUGCUUCAAUCAUCAGCUUUAUAGUCAUUAUGGUUCUGAACAUCAUUUAUGAAAAAGUAGCGAUCCUCAUUACUGACUUCGAGCUCCCAAGGACACAAACCGAAUACGAAAACAGUUUGACCACAAAGAUGUUCUUGUUCCAGUUCGUCAACUACUAUUCUUCAUGCUUCUACAUAGCCUUCUUUAAGGGUAAAUUUGUAGGUUACCCCGGAAAUCCAGUUUAUUGGCUAGGAAAGUAUCGCAAUGAAGAGUGUGAUCCAGGAGGAUGUCUCCUUGAACUCACAACCCAGCUUGCCAUCAUAGUAGGAGGUAAAGCAAUAUGGAAUAACAUUCAAGAAGUGCUUCUUCCUUGGGUAAAGAAUCUAAUUGGAAGGUACUGUGCAGAUGCUAGAUCAGAAAAGAUCGUUCCACGCUGGGAACAGGACUAUCAUCUGCAGCCCAUUGGAAAACUUGGAUUAUUUUAUGAGUAUCUUGAAAUGGUUAUACAGUUCGGCUUUGUCACCCUGUUUGUGGCGUCAUUCCCCCUGGCUCCUCUUCUUGCUCUUAUCAACAACAUGUUGGAAAUCAGGCUGGAUGCAUGGAAGCUGACAACCCAGUUCAGGCGCAUGGUUCCACAGAAGGCACAAGACAUCGGUGCAUGGCAGCCCAUCAUGCAAGGCAUAGCCAUCCUGGCUGUGGUGACCAAUGCCAUGAUAAUUGCUUUUACAUCUGACAUGAUUCCUCGUCUGGUUUAUUACUGGUCCUUUUCAGUCCCUCCUUAUGGGAGCCACAGCAGUUACACCAUGAAGGGGUAUAUAAACAAUACACUCUCUGUCUUCAAUAUAUCAGACUUCAAGGAUGUAAGCAAGCCACUUUCCCCCUUGUUUGGGAACUACACGACAUGCAGGUACCGUGAUUUCCGCUACCCUCCUGGGCACCAGCAUCAGUAUGAACAUAACAUAUACUACUGGCACGUCAUCGCAGCCAAGCUGGCUUUCAUCAUUGUCAUGGAGCAUGUCAUAUACUUUGUGAAGUUUAUUAUUUCCUACAUCAUCCCGGAUGUGUCACAAGAGAUCAAGAGCAAGGUCAAACGAGAGAAGUACCUGACACAGAAAAUCCUGCAUGAGAACGACCUCAAAGUUGUGAAAAAAACCAUAGGGAAAAUUGCUGACAAAAUAAUCGAAGGAGUGGACAGCACUUUCCGGCCUAAAACUGAAUAAGGACUUUUUUAUACGGAGGAGCAGUUUUUAACCAGCUAGUACCUGCCCAGGCAUUACCAAUAGCUGAUCAAAUGUGUUGGAUGAAUUUGCCUUACUAGACGCGGUUUCUUGCAGCUGUCACCUGCUCUGUUGCCUGUUUCCCUUAGGCAAAAGCAACCACUGAGACUCAGUUUACAGUCACCCAUUUUUUUAAGCCAGCUUUAUUAGCUUUUGAACAUCUGAAAGUAAGAAUUAUCAUCUUAAAACAAUGUAGAUCAACUCUGAAAUGUACAGAGUGCUUCCCUCUUUAUUUAGGUACAAGCCAGUAAAUCUGAACUUGAAAAAAAAAAAAACUGUAAUAGCAAGAAUUACUUGUUGUAAGAACACCACCACUUUCUCUGAAGGAGCUUUGAUUAUUUGGUGAUGCAAACCCCAUCUAAAAGAAGAAAAAGCCAAAACGUGAAGGAAAGAGAAGGAAAAUGCAACUUGCAGCCAUACUGUUAAGCUGUUGCAAUUGACUUACUGAACAGUCUUGUGUGCUUUGCUGACUUAGAAGUGCAUACUGAGACUUAAAUGGAUAACAAGAUAUUUCAGUUAAUCAUGGGCUUGGAUCACAAGAAACAGCAGGACUGUAAGCCUGUCUUGUUUGUCUUCCUCUGCGUUAACAGGAGAAUUAAAAUCAGUGCAUAAAAACUGACUUUACUGUACUCGGAGCAAGUGGAAAACUCAGUUAUUUUAUCUUCUCCCAGUGUACCUUCACUAGCUCACUUGGCCAUUCUGUUCUGAAUAAGCACAGACUCUUAAGGUCUCUCAGCUGUAAAAGUAAUGACUGUUAAAAUUAUUUUCAUAAACUAAAUGAAUAAUUGUAGUGGUUUUGCCUGUGCCACAGUCAUUGUCUUCCCUGAUUUUAACACAGAAAGAAUGCACAGCCGGACCUGUUCUGGUGCAACGCUAUAUGAUAAAUUAAAUUUGGAAAAGACCAUGAAUCUAUUGAAGCUGCAGAUUGGAAUAAACCAUUUAAUAUGCACUUACUGUGUUACAAAACUUUAAAUAAUCAGGAAGAUGCUACAAGUGUGGAUGAACUUGCCAGAGCCAUCAAUCAUCUUCACAUUAUGCUGCGGAUCUGCUUGGCUGUCUUGGAUUCAGUUGCAUCCUAGGAGUUCAGGAAUUACAGGGUAAACGUGUAUGUAGAGCUCCUGUAGCAAUGAUGUUCCAGAUUAUUAACCUGCUUUCCUUUUAAAUGGUUCUACUGCACCAAUCCCUAUGAAUUGUGAAAACCAAGACCUUGAAAGAAUGGCCAAAGUACGUCUGCAGUCUGUAAGCCAGAUGAUUACUGCUGGGUUUGUAGUUUUGUACUCUUAAAUGUAAUUCAUAUGCACAAUACUUAGGCAGAUAUUUGCGUAGCUUUUUUACAUAUUAAGAAGUUUGUUUGCAGAAACAAAGUAGCAUUGGUAAGUUGUAUUUUAUCCCAUUAAUAAACAGAAGGAGCCAAACAUCUGAAUUUUGUAGAAGAACUAAGAAAUACUGCUCUGUGUACCUCAGGCCCAGCCUUUGAAAUGGCAACAUAUGAACCAGAAGAGGCAACACAUGAAGGGAAUUAUUUCAGCAGAUGUGAUACACAAGCUUUCACUAAGCACAACUUUGCAAAAUGAUUGCACAGAAGAAAAUGGGAGGAAAGCGUGCUUCAAAAAUCAGACAAAGGUUGAAAGAUGAAGGGCAGAAACUUGGAGGUUCCAUGGAAGACUUACAUUUCUGACAGUGAAGAAGUGAAGUUUGCUUUCAAAACUGCCCAGAAAACCCACUGCUGGAUAUUACCUGAAGAUGAAAAGAUGCAGGACAGAAAAACAAGAUUAUAACCGUAAACAACUACUGACAAGAGCCAUGAUAAACUGGUGCUCCUUUCCACUCAUUGACAUUUAUUUUUGUUGCCAAAAAUCAUAACAAGUCUUUACAUUUAUGAGGAACCAAGUAUAAAUUUGGCAGAUGGAUGGACAAACACUCAGUAGUUUCUAAACAAGACAGGACUUCUUGUUGAAAUAUAUCACUCCAAUACUGGUAUGACCUUGUUCCAUAAUGACAAGGAGGGCACCCCACAGAUCUGGGCAGCCUGUGCCAGCGCUCUGUCACCCUCAUAGAUACAGAAAGAUUUUUUCUUAUGCUCAGAUGGAAUUUCUUGUGUCUCAGUUAGUGCUUGUUGCCUGUCUGUCACUGGGCAGUAUACCAAGCUUUGCUUUGUACCAAAAUUUUGUCCAGAAAACCAUUUCAUGGAAUAGCUUUGAUGAAGUACUCAGCUCCAUGCAAGCUCAGAGCUUCUGAUUUUGGCUUCAAGUUGGCAUUUCCUCAUAUAUAAACUAGUGUUUUCCAAUUAGCAGCAGUGUUCAGCUGGGAAGUGCCAUUUCCAUCUCCCCGUAGGGAAUCACGGUGCCAAAGUGCCUUAAACACACUCUUAGGUGCCGUUUGGGAGGGCUGGUGCUUGCAAAGAGGUUUCGUGUGAUGAAGGCAAAAAAUAACGAUCACGAAAUGGGCCAUCUCAGGUAAUUGUUUGGUCUUACGGAAACUUUGAUUGCCCUCUUUGACAAGAAAAAAAGAAACAAAGGAAUUAAAUGCCUUGCCUAGGGAUACAAUGUGAACAGCAGCAGAGCUUAAAACAGACUUUCAGGAGUGCCCGGUAUUCUGAGCCUUUUUUUCUUCCUGUGCCUCCCAUUUGCGCCUUAUAACAAGCGCUGCUUGAAGGGGAGGUGGCCCGGAAAAAACAAAGUAAAUAAAAACACGCUAUAACAGCAAGGUGUAUUUAUCUACGGCUUAGUCUCCUGCAAUAGACUCCUAACCACCUAGAAUCGUGGAAUGUCCUGAGUUGGAAGGAUCUUAUCAAUUCCAGCACCUGUCCCCCCACACGACCCCCCAGAAUUCAAACCCUGUGUCUGAGAGUAUGGUUCAAACACCUCUUGAACUCUAUCAGACUUGGUGCCACGACCUGGGGAAUGCUGGUGAGUUUCUAUAUUACCAUUUUGUUUAGAUCAGGAGUGUGCUCGAAACUGGUCUUCCACCUGUCCCCCACUUUCUGGGUGGUGGCUCAUGCUUGGUCUCAGAGCUCAUGAACUGGAUUCUUAAUGUCUUGAGCCAAACCAGGCGAUAGACUCGAGGUAUGCACAUGAUGGUAUACCUUUCUCUGGCAAACAUUUUAGUGCACAGCUCUAAAACCAGAGCUAGUGUGCAGAGAGCAGUGAGUACUCAUGGACAUCAGCUUCUCAGCAUCAACAUUUUGCUCAGUUAUUUGCUUCCCAAGUGCCAUGCUACUUGCUAAUGUAGCCAUAACACCUAAUGUCAAAAAACACCGCAUCAGGAAUUCAGUUCAUUUUGCCAUAUACGCAGUGCUUUUGACAGCACAAAGUGCCUAAACCUCUUAAUCUGUGCAAUGUAAAUAAGCCUCUACCUCCAGCUGCUGAAACCUCCGACAGUGAGCUCUGCGGAGGCAUAGGAACAAAGUGCAAAUGUGGGGUGGGGGCAAUUGCCAACAUACUGGUGUUUUUUUCAGGACUAGGUCACCUUAAUAAUGUUUAAAGAUCUGCUUGAAGGGAAAAUUAAUGUUGAUUUUAAACUUUAGAUCAGUUUUACUAUUUUUACAUUGUGUACAGGUCCGAUGAAGUCAGGAUGAAUUUGAGUCAGUCACCAUUUCAUUACCUUAAAGUAAGAUAUGAGCAACAUAAAUGGCAGGCCAUUGCCACUGUUUUAGAUGCUGUGUAUGCUGAUAAAAUUCAGAAUGUAAGAAUGUAUUUUUUUGUAUUUUUUUCUAAGAAUGUUUGCUAUUAGUUUCUGAACGUUGCAAUUUAUAUUUAUUGUCAUUAAAUAAAAUCUAUUUUAAAAUAA